AAAAAAAAAACCCGUAAAAAAGAGAAACCUUUUGGAUUAAAAUCACUUUCUCAACCGGCGAUUUACUUCUCCUCCGCCGUAACGGAAAAAAGAUGGGGUUAGGUUACGCCGUCGGAGUCGUCGGAUUUCUGAUUCUCGCACACGCCGCCUACUCCACUAUCCAGUAUAGAUCUUUGCUGAAGAUUACAGAAGAGGAGUUCACGGGGCCACCAGUCACUGUAGUUAUGGAGCUGGUUGCAGGAUUGUUUUUCUGUUUGUGGGCUGCGUUGACUGUGCCUGGCAAAUUCUUGUCGAUUCUCCCUCAAUCAGAUGAGAACAGGGUGGUUGCCUUACCUUCCAAUCUGGAUUUCAUGAUCUUCAAUCAUCGUGGAAGAGCUUUUUCUAUGGGCAUCGAUAUGAAGCAAAAGUGAUAUUAUAGCUCAUUGCAUUUGAUUAAUUAAUGAGAUCUAGAGCCAAAAGAAACUUAAACUAGAUGUUAAUUUUGCUGGAAUCUAGAAGGUAUUGAUUUCAUAGCUGUUCGGGGGCACGACGAGCUACCACUGUUUCUCUAUCUUUGUGAGAUCUAAGGACAAGGGCAGUUGGCCUGCUUCUCAUGCUUGUGUUAUAUUUUAGUCGGUUGAAAGUUUGAAUCUUUUAUA